ACCCAGAUAACUUUUUAAAAAUAUUUUAAAUUUAAUUGUUUUGCUAUUAUUUAGUUCAAUAAUAGUUAGACAAUAGGUUCGACACAAUAGUCAUGAACCAUAUGCUACUCCUAUUUAGUCUAACCAUAGGCUUAACCCUAUGGGAAGGGGUGUCGGGAAAGUGCGGUUACGACAACUGCCCGGCGACUGACCCCAAAAAGCUGAACAUACAUCUCAUACCCCAUUCCCACGACGACGUGGGAUGGAUGGUGACGGCCGACCAGUACGCCGACGGGUCGACCAAUCAGAUCAUCACGAAUGUGGUGAAGGAACUGGAGAAAAAUGGCGACCGGAGGUUCACGUACGUGGAAAUGUACUUUUUUCACAGGUGGUGGAGUGGACAGACAGAUGAGCGCCGGGAUGUGGUCAGGAAACUGGUGGCUGAGGGCCGGUUGGUGUUUACGAAUGGCGGGUGGACUGUGAAUGAUGAGGGUGCCGCUCAUUAUAAUAAUAUUAUCGAUCAGAUGACCAUGGGUUUAAAAUUCUUAAACGAAACAUUCGGUCAGUGCGCGCACCCAAAAGUAUCCUGGCAAAUUGACCCCUUUGGCGCCUCCCUGGAGAUGCCCUCCCUGUACGCACAAAUGGGUUUCGACGCCCACGUCACCAACCGGGGGCCUAACAUAGACAAGGGCGAAUAUAUCUGGGACACGUCCAAGGACCUAAACACCAAGAUAUUUACUACAGUUUUGCAUAACCACUACUCUGCCCCUGGUGGGUUUAACUUUGAAAACGGUAAUAACGCUAUCACUGACCAAAAUGCUGAGCAAAAGACCCAGGCGUUCAUACAAAACGCCCAAAACUGGAAUAAAGACUACGGAAACACAAACCACGUGUUGGUGACAAUGGGCGACGACUUCCAGUAUAAGACAGCGAACACGUGGUUCGAGAACAUGGAUCGUCUCGUGAAGGAGGCGAAGGCCCGGCACCCGGAGGUGAACCUCAUGUACUCAACGCCUAAUUGUUAUGUGAAAGCCCUGAAUGGAGUGAACCAUACGUAUGCGGAGAGGACGGUCGACUAUCUGACCUAUUGGGUGGGCUAUUACGCGAAUCGACCGGCGCUGAAGUAUCAGGAUAGGAGUACUAAUAAUAUACUGCAGAUCAGCAAACAAUUGUCAGUAUUGGCCCGAUUAGACCCCCUAAACACCAGGGCCUACGUGGAUGAGGCCAGCAAUGAGGUGGCAGUGAUGACACAUCACGACGCCAUCACCGGUACGUCACCGCAGGCUACGGCCGACGACUACACGAGUCGACUGCAGUCGGGAUAC